AUGGAGACUAUCGAGGUGAAUGAUUCUUUGUUUGGGUUGGAGGCCGAUUCUAAGACUGCCUACCUUAAUGCCUUAAAGAAUAGUGAGAAACUGUGGUACAAAAAAUCGAGAAUCAAAUCGCUGAGAGAGGGUGACCACAAUUCAAAAUUCUUUCACCUUUCUACCUUGAUAAGGAGAGCAAAGUGUCAGAUUUGUGGCCUUAAGAAUGAUGCAGGGGCGUGGGUGUCUGACCCAGGUGAGGUGGCAAACCUUAUUUAUGAUUUUUAUGAGAAGUUCCAUAGGGCGGUUCCUCUUGACAAUCACUUGGAACUGCUGGAUGUGAUCCCCUCUUCGAUUGGAAACAUGGACCAGUUGAUGUUGGAUGCCAUUCCUGAUCUGGGGGAGAUUAAGGCUGCAGUGUGGGACCUAGACCUGGAUAGCUCGCCAGGUCCGAAUGGUUUCCAAGGGGUAUUCUUCAGGCAUUGUUGGGAGAUUAUUGAGACUGAUGUUUGGCGUGCCAUCAUAAACUUCUUCAGAGAAGGGGGUCUGCUGCCUCGCCUUAUCUCUGAGGAACAGGGCACUUUUCAGAAAGGAAAAGUAAUCUUCUCCAAUAUCUGUUUGGCUUCGGAGUUAGCUAAUCUGAUGCACAAGUCUGUGAGGGGUGGUGGCAUUGGUUUGAAGUUGGACAUCUUAAAGGCAUAUGAUUCCCUCUCUUGGGAUUUCUUCUUCAAUGUCUUGAGGAAAUUUGUGGCUGCAUCAACUUCUUUCCUCUACGUGCAUCUUGGUCUUGGUGAAUGGUAUGUCCAUGUGUUGAAGGAGUUUUUGGUGAAAUACCAAUGUUUCACAGGCCAAAGAAUCAACCUUGACAAAAGCAAACUCUUCUGUGGAGCUAUCAUCCCUUCGAGAAAGCGGAGGAUCUCGGACGUGCUAAAUAUCCCUCUUUGCUCCCUCCCAACGAAAUACCUGGGUGUUGACAUCUUUAAAGGGAGGGUUACUAUUGCAAUGGUCCUUCCGUUGGUGGAUAAAUUCAAAAGUAGACUUUCUGGGUGGAAGGGUAAACUCCUAUCCCUCGCAGAUAGAGUGGAACUUGUGAAAUCGGUCAUGCUUAGCAUCUCGGUGCACAACUUUUUGGUAUAUUGGUGGCCGUCUUCCCUGGUUUCUCUCAUGGAGAAGUGGAUCAGAAACUUCAUCUGGGCCGGUGACAUUGAAUCGAGGAAACUUGUUGUGGCUAAGUGGGAUUUGCUGUGUAGACCAAAAUCAGAAGGUGGUUUGGGCAUCAGGAAACUGCGUGAUGUGAGCUCAGCCCUUCUUUGCAAAUUGGAGUGGUCCAACAAGCACGAUAAUAGUAUGGUCAACAAGUUUUUGAGAGCCCGCUAUAUGGAUGGAAAUGGGUCCCUUAAAACCCCCUCUUCUCCCUCUUCUCCCUCUUCUAUUUGGCCUGGGAUCAACAAGGUUUGGUCUGUGGUGCAGCGCAAUGAAAGAUGGAUCAUCGGCGAUGGGUCCUCGAUUAAGUUUUGGAAAGACUACUGGUUUGGGAACACCUCCAUUCCCAUGGCAUCCAGCCUUCUAGAGGACUGGUUUCAUGAUAAAAAGGCAAAAUUCUCUGAUAUCAUUAAGGACGCCUCUUGGUCUCUUCCUUAG